AUGAUUCAGAAUGAAAGAUAUAAGAUAAAGAGGAGGAGCCAAAAAGAAAAAGAAAAGAAGAAGACGUUGCGUGGAUUCGUCUUCUAUUCAGAAGGCAAUCUCAGAUUUCAGGCUCCGGUAUUCAGGAUUCCAGGAUUCCGAAUUCCAGGAUUUCCGGAUUCCCAGAUUUCAGGAUUCCAGGAUUCCAGGAUUCCAGGAUUCCAGGAUUCCAGGAUUCCAGGAUUCCAGGAUUCCAGGAUUCCAGGAUUCCAGGAUUCCAGGAUUCCAGGAUUCCAGGAUUUCAGAAUUCCAGGAUUUCAGAAUUCCAGGAUUCCAGGAUUUCGAAGAUUCUAA